AUGGUGAAGGGUCAGAAGUCGAAGGGAAGGCAGAAGAUUGAGAUCAAGCCCAUCCAGAACGAGGAAGCACGUCAGGUAUGCUUCUCCAAGCGCCGCCAAGGCCUGUUCAAGAAGGCCAGCGAGCUCUCCAUCCUUUGUGGUGCCAUGGUUGGUACUAUUGUGUUCUCAGCGGCUGGUAGGUCCUUCUCCUUUGGCCAUCCCUCUAUUGAUGAAAUCAUAAGUCGAUUCCUCAAUUCGGUCAAUCCCAACGGCCCUGCCUCGGGUGGUCCAAGCCAUGACAAUGGUGGGUCAGUGACAGAUGCUGUCAGUAAGCUGAACAUGGAGCUCUUAGAGUUGGAGCAGUCGCUGGAGUCUGAAAAGAAGAGAAAGGAGAGGUUGCAAGAGGCAACUGAGAAGGAAAUGGGUGGACGUAUGAUGCAGUGGUUGAAUGCUAAUGUCUUUGAAUUGGGUCUAGAUGAACUGCAAGAGUUCCAGAAGAAGCUGGAAGAAAUACAGGCUAUUGUCAAAGAGAAGAUCAAUGAGGUAAUGGCAGAAGCAAGGCACACUCCAGGGUCCCUGCCACAACCACCUAUGGACGUAGCUUCGACCUCACAGAGUGCCAAUCCUUUGGCUUCCACAGCUCCGAGUUCAAGCGCUGCACCCAUUGAUGGAUCUGAAAUCAACUAUGCCUUGCUUAGUGGUGGUGUCCAUGGGGUUGGUGGCCUGGGGAAUUUUCCCAGCAACCAAAACCAUGGUUGA